AUGAUCGAUCUUAAGUCAGGAUACGAUGUGGAAGUGUGCAACACCAAAAUGAAUUUCAUGGAGUACAUGAAUUAUCUUGAGGAAACUCGAGCCAAGUACAAACCAUUAGGACGUACUCCUAGCUGGUAUAUUGCUUCUGACGAGGGAAAAAGUUUAAUAUUUGCUAUUCAUAUGAAUUUGUCAUCUCGAUUGGGCUAUAAUGUUAAGGAUAUUUACCAUAUUUAUGCUACCGAAGUCACUCGAAACAAUUUUGUAAUAUCAAAAAUUUCACAAUCUGGUGGAUGUCCCCAGAUUGGCACAACCGAUCCGCACUUCAUUUGGCAUAACAAUACUGUCAUGAAAUCAGCAAAAACAUUGAAUAUUCAACUUCUGGUAGAUCGAUUGAUGGCGCGAACACCAUAUGUCCCUGAUCUUGCGUAUGAUCCGGUGGUUGAUACAAGAGGGCAAUUCUUUGCGAUCUUAUGCUCAUUUUAUAGUGAACGGGUGAACCUUGAAAGUUAUGUAAAACAUGUUGAAAUUUUUGCGCGCCGCUGGAUGCCCAAGGAAGACGUACCAUUUAUCAAGACGACAAUCAUUGAGCGGCAAGAUUAUUACGUUUUUCGGCUGACUUGCCCGUUAGUUCUCGAUAAUACUUUGGAAAGAGUUUGGGAGUUUCAAUACAACAAACACGGAGAUGAGGAUUGGUAUGUCACAUCAAUUGUUGAACAGUGCCCAAAAGAACAUUUCAAACUUCGUGAUCAAGCUUCCUCGGACCAUGAGAAUUACAAAAAUGCGGCUACCGAAUUAUUUUCAGUCAUCGACAGCUCAAAUUAUACAGCAUUAGUAUGCAACACUCCAAUGAACUACUUAGAAUAUAUCAGCUAUCUUGAGGAGACUCGAUUCAAAUACAAAGUUAUCUCAACUGCAAUUAAAUAUUACAUUGCGAUGCUUCAACGUGAAUAUUUCAUAUUCGCUGUUCAUAUGAAUUUGACAUCUCGAAUGGGCUACGAGGUCAAAGAUAUUUACCAUAUAUACGCGCAUGACAUUGGCAAAAAUAAUUACGUGAUUCGGAAAAUUGAACAAUCCGGUGGUUGUCCGCAAUUCGGAGAGACGGAUCCCAAUUUUAUAAGAAGACAAGGCGAAUCAAUGCAUUCCGCUGAAAUUAAGACUAAAAAUGAAUUUGCUCAUCGUUUGCUCAUCAAUUCGCCAUAUGUGCCGGAGUUAAACAAUGACAAAUUGAUGGAUACGAAGGGCUCAUUCAGUGCAACACUCUGCACAAAUCCCGGCUAUCGCGUGCCACUAAAUCGCUAUAUCAGAUAUAUGGACAUAUUUUCGAAUCGUUGGCUAAUUCCGAUUGAAGGAGUAACAUUCUUGAAAACGAAAAUAUUAGAUGCCGAUGAUGUGUUCAUAUUUCGUCUGUCCUGUCCACUUAUUAUCAAUGAAACAAUAUUGAGAACAUGGGAAUUUCAGUUUCGAUGCGAAUAUAACAAGCAUGGAGACCAACGAUGGUAUGUGUCCGAUGUAAAUUUGCACUGCCCCAAGGAGCAUUUCAAUGGGGAAGGCGGUCUGCGAACGAUUUAUGGCGAGACGCUGGCUUAUCAGACGAUGAAAGGACUUACCAACUUAUUGAUCGACGGUGGAUGGAACGGAAGAUUUCAAUUUUUGAAUUUGUUCGAAUGGAGUGAUUUCAUUCCGGUGGAAAUUGAAGUCUGCACAAAACAAACGAAAUUAAACAAGUCUGCCGAAAUUGCCGACUACCUAUGGAGGUUUUUUGACAACUACAAUUCAACUUUCAAGUCUGCUAGCCAUCAAAUUGAGACUGCCGAUUUGAUUCUACGCUUCAACGUUUACACAAAAGUUGACAUUAAAUCAGUAAUGCAUGGAGCAAUUUUCAACUCUUCAUCGGAUAAAUAA